AUGGCCCUGUGGACGCGCCUCCUGCCACUGCUGGCCCUGUUGGCCGUCGGGGCACCCCCGCCUGCCAGGGCCUUCGUCAACCAGCACCUGUGUGGCUCCCACCUGGUGGAGGCGCUGUACCUGGUGUGUGGGGAGCGAGGCUUCUUCUAUACCCCAAAGACCCGCCGGGAGGUGGAGGACACACAAGUGGGGGAGGUGGAGCUGGGCACGGGCCUGCAGCCCUUUCCGGCGGAGGCGCCCAAGCAGAAACGUGGCAUCGUGGAGCAGUGCUGUACGGGCGUCUGCUCCCUGUACCAGCUGGAGAACUACUGCAACUAG